AUGUCAAUGUCCUCUCUCGCCGAACCUCGUCGCCCGCGUCUUGUCGCCCAGAAUCGCAAGCUUCGUCACCUCCGCGGAAUAUGGCUGCGCAACUUGUCCUUUGCGCCCACGAGCCUCAGAACAGCUGACGACGCUGACCUCGCCACGAGCACGAAUAAAUUACCUGUUCUCAGGGAGACGGGCCAAUUGCAUCCCUCGCGAUCGUCUGAGAGCUUGAGGAAGGAUAGUGUGCGACAUGAUGCUUUGCGACCUCAGCAGAAGCGCAGGACGAGUCUGAGCUUGGCGCAUGUUAAUCCCGUUGCUAGGCAGAAGAAUCUAGAAAUGCUAUUUGAAGGCUCUGUUGGAGACGUCUUUUACUCGUUGCAUGUGGAUGGCGAUGCUGAGCCUGUCUACAUCAGCGAGGUGCGCGAACGAGCGACGAGCUUCAACUUUAAAUUCUUCAGCUUGGAAAACUGUGCCCCGGCUAUUUCAAGAUGCGAUUCCUUGCUCAUUCGAGUCUGGGCACGACGACCGAAAGCCGAGACGUGGACUUUUCUCCUCGACGAAUCAGUCGAUCUGCGACGCCUCAACUUUAUAGGAACUCUCAUGGACCGAAAAUUUCCUCCAAACGCACUGAUAUUCCACCUCGAAGAUGGCGUUUACUCGUUCGACUUUCCCAACAAGAUAUCGGAGCCGAAACAAGCACCGACAGUGGCAACGUCGUCAUAUACCGCGCUUAUGAAGUUGGCCAACUUGGAGAGCUCGAUAGAAGACGCCAUGGAGACGCAGCAUCGACUGAUGGAAGAGAUAAAUAAUAUGCUCGAUGGCUCGCCGGUCGACAAAUCGGAAAUGGCGCAAGAGGCUGUGUCCGUGGCGGAAAAGUACGUGGCAGCGCAACGACGUUCGAACAACUUGGCGCAAAAGAAACGGGAUGACCUACGGGAGUCGAUAAGAGCAAGACGUGAAGCUAUCGUGAAGGGAAGAGAGCUUGAGGCACAAGCAGAAACAGACAUGGCCAAUAACCGAGAGAAGUUGACUACUUCCAAAGAACUUCUCGAAGAAACGCAGCAGCAAAUCCGCGGACAGCGAAGGCGCAUUUGCUCUGACCUUGCAGAUAUAUUCCCCAUCACGCCAAUCCCUAAUGCGCCACCACUGUCCUUCCAGAUAUGCAACAUACCACUCCCAAACUCGACAUACGAUGCUUCGACUGCAAAACAUAUCUCCGAGGAUGUUUUAUCGGCUGGGCUAGGAUUCGUCGCGUUACUCACGAAACAUUUGCAGUUCUACCUCGCACAUCCAUUACCAUACCCGCUAGACUGGUUCGGUUCUCGAUCUUAUGCACGCGAUGAUAUUUCUCAAUUAUCAGAAAAGACCGUCUCGCGAAGGGAGUUUCCUCUAUAUUUACCUCGCGGAGGCUCCACCGCUGGACAAUGGCGCUUCGAAUACGCUUGGUUUCUCCUCAACAAGAACAUCGAAGCUCUCUGCUCGUCUCAGGGUCUGCGCGUGGUAGACAUCAGACAUUCCCUUCCGAACCUCAAAUACUUGCUAUAUGUCUGUAGCGCCGGUAGCGACCAAGUACCGGAGCGCAAGAAAGGCGGCGUUCGUGGCUUAUGGGCGGGCAGACUCAAGGGGAGGAUGUCGACCAUGUCGGCGCAACUGGACGGCGAUAACAGCAGUCUGAAUGAAAGUCGCAGGGAUAGUACGGACAGUGAGGUGAAUCAUCAUGGGGAUGCGUUGAGAGAUGCGCUUCUCAAGAGUAAUGGGCAUAGCAAGACGGUUGGGCAUAAUAACGAUGAGCACCUGGAGAGUCUGGAUGAUUUGCUUUCACUGCCUUUUGGGGAGGAUGGUACUAAGUUUACGUUGAGGACUAAAGGUCUGAGAGAGAACGUUUCGAGAUGA